AUGAUUUCUCAGAGCGAGGUGGAGUUGCAGCCCCUGACUCCCGGCAGGCUUAUGGCUCGCUAUUGUGUCUCUUUCGCCACUAUGGAGAAUUUCACGCAGCUGCGCGGAGACGAAAGUCUAAAGGAACUGGUUGAGGUCAUUUCCAGUACUCGAGAAUUCUGGGAUGUUAAGUUAAGGACCUCAGAGAAGAGAGUGCUGAACAGUAUUAACAAGACUCAAGGCAUCGGGCUUCGCUUCCCUAUCAAGGGGAGAAUCAUGAAAAGAGAACAAAAGAUAAACUGCUUGAUCCAGGCGGUGUUGGGCAGCCAGACAAUCCCGGAACCGAGUCUGACUCAGGACGCUAACAAGAUCUUCAGAACGGGACAGAGAAGUACAAAGUUUAUCAGAUACCAUGUACUUGAUACCUUGUAUUCUGUGAAAUGUAACAAUUUCUAG